UAACGCGCACACUCAUAUUUGACUUACAACCCCAUUGGUUCUCUCCAAAAUAAUAAGACAACAAACAAUAUUGCAUGACCAACCACAAACUUUCCACCCCAUUUCUCACUUCUCCUUCAAUAAAUACAUUCCACAACUAUACAAAUUUUGAAUUUUCCAUGCUACCAUACAAAUCAACCUUUAAGAUGUAAAGCUAGAACUUAGAAUAAAAAGCAUCAAAUUUGUAGAAUGGCGAGAGGAUUGAAAGUUCUAUCAGCUCUUGACUCAGCAAAAACACAAUACUACCAUUUCAAAGCCAUCAUCAUAGCAGGGAUGGGACUUUUCUCAGACUCCUACGACCUCUUCUCCAUAACCCUCAUCACAAAGAUGCUCGGAAGAAUAUACUACUCCGACGAAAACAAAAUCCGGCAAGUCAACCCUAUCGUCGUCUCCGCCCUCAUCUCCGUCGCGUUACUAGGCACCGCGAUAGGUCAGCUCGUAUUCGGGCGCCUCGGUGACCUGAAAGGCCGGCGCCACGUCUACGGGAUGGCCUUAAUGUUGAUGAUAAUAAGCUCUUUAGCUUCCGGCUUCUCCAUUUGUACGACAAAGAGAGCUUGUGUUUUGCUUUCUCUUGGUUUCUUUAGAUUCUUCUUGGGACUGGGGAUUGGUGGUGAUUAUCCAUUGUCAUCUACUAUUAUGUCUGAGUUUGCUAAUAAGAAGACUAGAGGGUCUUUUAUAGCUGCGGUUUUUUCUAUGCAAGGGUUUGGUAUAUUGGCUAGUGCCACGGUUACUAUGGUGGUUUGCUCGAUUUUUCGCCGCGGUUCGAAGCCGGAGUCGGCUUAUGAUGUGCCGGCGGAGGCUGAUGUUGCAUGGAGAUUGAUAUUAAUGAUUGGUUCUAUUCCGGCGGCCUUGACUUAUUACUGGCGGAUGAUGAUGCCCGAAACUGCCAGAUAUACAGCAUUAGUGGAACAAAAUGUGUUGCAAGCAGCAAAGGACAUGGAGAAAGUUCUAGAUGUAUCAAUGAGCCAAAUAGCCGAAGAAGAUUCAUCACCACCAAGCACAAAUGCUGCAUCAUACCCUCUUCUUUCAAGAGAAUUCCUGCGUCGACACGGCCGCGAUCUUUUCGCCUGUUCUGCUAACUGGUUUCUCUUGGACAUAGUGUUUUACAGUCAAGUUCUUUUCCAAGGUGAAAUAUACAAGCGAUACCUUAAGCCGAAUGACGAGCACGAUGUGUAUCAAGAAGCAUUCUAUCUUGCAAGAAUCCAAGCCAUUCUUGCUGUUUGUUCCACAAUCCCCGGCUACUUCUUUACCGUCUACUUCAUUGAUCGCGUAGGACGAGUCAAGAUUCAAAUGAUGGGUUUUUUCUUCAUGGCAGUGUCGUUUUUCGCUAUAGGGGUUCCCUAUUACUCUCAUUGGACAAGUCCUGAUAACCAUGAUAACAAAGGGUUCAUGGUUCUCUAUGGACUCGCUUUCUUCUUUGCGAAUUUUGGGCCUAAUACUACGACUUUUAUUGUCCCGGCCGAACUCUUUCCGGCUAGGUUUAGGUCGACGUGUCAUGGAAUUUCGGGAGCUGUUGGCAAGGUUGGUGCAAUCAUUGGUUCUGUUGGGUUUUUAUGGGCUUCACAUAAUAAGGAGGAGGAAGGAUAUCCGAAAGGAUUUGGAAUGAAAGCUUCACUUAUCAUACUUGGAGUGGUGUGUAUAGUUGGAAUGUUUGUUACUUACUUUUUCACCAAGGAAACUAUGGGAAGGUCUUUGGAAGAGAAUGAAGUUGAACAGUCUCAUCAUAGUGAAGAAUAUAAUGAUCUUUGAUUUAUAUGUGCAUGUGUGUAUGUGUGUAAAUUGAUAUAUAGUGCAUCUCAAAUAAUAAUUAAGCAAAAAUGUUGGUUCUGUGGUAAAUAUCUAGUUGUUGGCAAUUUUGAAUAACUUUAGAAGAAUAAGAACAUUUACAGCCAUCUCAACACUCUAACUUUGGAUCACAUUAAUGUAGACACGAAUACCGCACACGAUACUAAUAUUGAUAAGUCGGCGUCGAUAAUAAUU